AUGCCGAUCGUGUCCGAGGCCGCGCGGCGGGCGGACAGCGGGAGCUCCGGCUUCGGCCGCCGGGACGGGUCGCCGUCGUCGUCGACGGUGGUGCCGGGCAGCGACAGCAGGGCGGCGGCGGUGCUGCAGUGCGACGAGAGGGAGGAGAGCGACGGGGAGGUGCAGAGCUCUUACAGGGGCCCGUUCGAAACCAUGGACGCGCUGCAGGACGCGCUGCCCAGCAACAGGAAAAGAGUAUCCAAAUUCUACAAUGGCAAGUCAAGUUCAAAUGUUGCUGAUGCUGCUCAACCUGCACAAGCCACUGCCAGUCCUGGGAACCCAUCCCCCAAGAAGCGCAAGGGCUUCCUUUCCUUCAGUUUCAGGUGGAACAAGUCGAGGAGCAGGAGGAGGGCACCUUCUCCAGCUCCUGCAAGCUCCUCUCAGGGCCAAAAUAGGGGAGCCAGCACGAGGGCCGUCGUCUCCGCUUCUCCAAUGGCUGCCGCCGCCCUUCGCUCCUCCCAGCUGAUCGCCGUCCAGAUGCAGGCCGUUUGCCUGGAGGACGUGGCGGAGUCGACCGCCUCGCUUUGUCCCCGGGAGAAGCGCAGGAAGAGCUUGCAGUAGCGACGGACAGCUCACUUCGUCUGUCCACCAAGCUCCACCUACUGGUGGUGCCCCGUCUCCUCUAGACGCAGCGGAAUCCAGUCGCCUGUGCUCCCGUUUUCAGUGCCAUGGAUGCUUGAUCAUGUAAGGUUUCAGCUGCAAUUGUGUACAGUGGCGCUAAGUUUCUUACCCUCAUACAUAGAGGCAUAGAGCAUAGUGGUACAAGUAUAACAUGAUCGAUGAAUUAGUGAUAGAGAUGCUGAACUUGGCAAGCUGGUCCGAUGCCUUGC